AGUCACCUUAAGGCAUUAUGGGAAAACUGAGUAUACUUUUCUUGUUAGCCACUUUUGUGGUUUGUAUUUCGUCUGCUUCAUUGAAGAGCCCCCCUGUGUUUGAGGGAAAACUACGCUAUGAUAAUUAUAAAGUGUACAAACUGAACAUUAAGAAUAAAACUCAAUUGGCUGUGAUAGAAUUGAUUCAAGAUAUUAGUGAGAGGUACAAUGUUUGGAAGGAGUAUGAUGAAGCCACCAAGGAGAUUCAUAUAAUGGUUAAACCAACUGAGGACAAAUAUUUCCAUGAACUUCUUCAAGUCUAUGGUUUGCAAUGGGAAUUACUUGUGGAAAAUGUACAAGAUCUUAUCGAUGAAGAGCAACGGGCUGCCGACACAACAACCGAUAACGAUGAAUUCGGCUGGACACGCUACUAUGAAUUGGAGGAUAUUGAAAAAUGGUUGGAUGGCAUAUUGGCGGCACACCCCGAUGUCACCGAGUCAUUUGAAAUCGGCAAAUCCUACGAGGGACGCACCAUACGUGGCAUAAAGAUUUCGCACAAGGAUGGCAAUCCUGGCAUUUUUAUUGAAUCGAAUAUUCAUGCCAGAGAAUGGAUAACUUCAGCUUCUGCCACUUGGUUCAUUAAUGAAUUGUUGACAUCCAAAGAUGGUCCUGUGGUCAAUUUAGCUGAAAACUACGAUUGGUAUAUAAUUCCUGUGUUCAAUGUUGAUGGCUUUGUGUAUUCCCAUCUAAAGGAUCGUAUGUGGCGUAAGACACGCCAACCUGUAAAAACAUCUAGUUGUAUUGGGACUGACGCCAAUCGUAAUUUCGAUUCACAUUGGAUGGAAAAUGGUGGAGCUUCCAACAACCCCUGUUCGGAAACUUAUGCUGGGCCCGAAGCCUUCUCGGAGCCUGAAGCCAAGGCUUUGGCUGAUUAUGUUACAUCGAUCCAGGAUAAAAUCAAUAUUUACAUUUCCUUCCACUCCUAUGGUCAAUACCUAUUGUCUCCUUAUGGUCAUACCAAAGAGGAGUUCCCCGAAAACUAUGAAGAUCUUCUUACCAUAGGAACAGCCUUCUCAGGUGCUAUUAAGGGUUUGGCUUAUAAUACUGAAUAUACGCAUGGUUCAACUGCUGUUGUGUUGUAUGUCGCUUCCGGUUCAACUGUCGAUUGGGUUUUCAAUGAACUCAAUGUUAAGGUGGGCUACACCAUUGAAUUCCGAGACAAAGGACGCUACGGCUUCGUCUUGCCUCCCUUGCAAAUCUUACCCAAUUGCCAAGAACUAAUGGCUGGUAUGCUGGCUUUGGUGGACAAAUCUAAAGAAUUGGGUUAUGUUUAAAAAUGGAGUAUACAUUUUUUUUAUUAUUUGAGUUUGAGUUUUCAAUAAAUUGCUAACGAUUU